AUGGAUGGACUGAUGACACUACUAGCCUCCAACGCCGGCCGCUCCGACCCGUCAACGCCGGUCCGAGUACAGACCGACGAGCAUCUACCGGAGGCAACUGGGAUCGACACGGAAAUGGGCACAGAAGAGGAGAACCUGGAAGCAGACGAAGAGACUCUGCAUGCAUUUCGUACUCAACGGCUCCAAUUCCUGCCGCUGAUAUACAUUCCCAUCACAGCAACGGCCCAGGAUCUGAAACGAGAAGCACUCUUCCUUUGGCGGUGCAUUUAUGCGGUGGAAAGUAAGGAUACGACGCGUCAGGCAGCUUUGAUCACGUUUCAAAGCCAGCCGCAAAAGUCAUCGCUCUGCGUCUAUGCCCAAAUGGCGAUUGCGCUGGUCUUCGAGUUGGGUCUCAACAAGCCAGCACCUCCGGACCUCAAUCAGACGAUAUCCAACAGCAAUGCUGUGGGACACAUGCCGGGUCUGAAAGCUUCAAUUUCGACGAUGCGAACAAUGAACGAGCGGCGAGCGGUAUUGGGCUGCUUUGUGCUGACUUCAAUAAUCGCACAGUUUUUAGGCAGAAUGGAUCCGCUGCGAUGGACUCCACAUAUGAAGGAAUGUCUCGAUAUCCUAGCUCACAGUGAAGAAUCGCCCGGCGAUGCGGUACUGGCCCAGAUUACCCGCACACGACUUGUUGCGGAUCAGAUUCUCCAAGGCCCUUGGGAUGACGGCCUAUAUGGCCUCUCUCCAUCGAGCACCCGGGCCGCUUUUCAUUCCAAGGCGCUCGAGUCACGGUUGAAAACAAACAAAGCCGACAUCCCCGCGCAACUGGGCGACAAUAAACCUAUUCUCUUCCAUAUAUAUGAUACCGAAAUCAGCCUCUAUGAAGCUGCUUUAGUCAAACCCCCUGCAGACGAAGAGAUGAGCACCCUUCGACUGGAUCAUCUGUACUCCUGUCUCCACGUUGUAAAACAAUUUUUUGACCUCUUCUCCGCGAUUAAUCCGGUUGAAUACACGGCUCUGGCACUUCCUCACCUUGCACAGUUAUCGCAUUGCUUCGUGACGCUCUUUCGCUUGUCAACGUUUGACUACCCGGGGUGGAACAAGGCAGCAGUGAAAAACACAGUAGACAUCCUUGUCGUCGCAGACCAGAUCUCCACCUCCCUGAGUCAGGUGGCCGCCACAGUUGGGAUACACAGCGACGGCGCAAAUAGUGAUCCCUACAGCAAGCUGGGGAUGAUCUUGCAGAAGCUGCGGACUGAGUGGGCGGUACGACUACCGGGAUGGUCGGGAGCAAGAGUCGACCCGGGCUCGGACGAUCUGUUCCUGCCGAGCAUGGAGAUGGAUGAUUUGGACAGCUUCAUGAACUGGUCAGGGAUGUUAUGGAUGGCGGAAGGGACUGGUCAGGGGUUUGCGGCAUAA